UGAAAACGAAAGCAGUUGUGUACAGAGUGGGGCUUUGAUGGUGAUUGCAGUGUUUACACCUCCUGUGUUGCCAUGAGCCCAUGUGACAGAAGAAUGGGGGGAGGCAGGGGCUUCACACAGGGAGAAAAGGAGCAAGGCACAAGAAUGUGAAGAGAGAUGGAAACAAGAGCGUGGGCGAACAAAGUAAAGUUGUAGUAGCUGGAAAUUAAGGUGAAAGACACAGCACUGUAAACACACAGUGUUUGGACGAGCGCGACAAUGAAUGUGACAGAAGUCUACAAGGGAAUAGCCAAUAUCUAUAAAGAGGGAAAUGCCUCUGGCAAUGGAAGCAUGGGGCUCUUCAACAUCCCCCCCUCCAUAAACAAAGCAACCAAUGUCUUCUCCAUUGUCAUCCUCUUCAUCACCAUGAUAUCUCUCGGCUGUACGAUGGAGAUUUCCAAAAUCAAGGUCCAUCUCUUAAGGCCAAAAGGAGUAGCCAUCGCACUGCUGGCCCAGUUCGGCCUCAUGCCCCUGACUGCUUUCUCUCUAGCCAAAAUGUUACAGAUGGAGCCCCUGAAGGCCGUGACUGUGCUGAUCUGUGGCUGCUGUCCAGGGGGAAACUUAUCAAACAUUUUCUCCCUGGCCUUAAAGGGGGACAUGAAUCUCAGCAUCGUGAUGACCACCUGCUCCUGUAUCGCAGCACUGGGUCUGAUGCCUUUGCUGCUCUAUAUCUUCAGCCAAGGCUUCCCCGGUCUGGAAAAUGCUGUACCGUAUGCCGGCAUCAUCUUCGCUCUCGCAUUCGCCCUGGUGCCUUGUGGCAUUGGCAUUGCCAUAAAUCACUACAAACCAAAGUACUCAUCAAUCAUCAUAAAAGGUGGUCUCGGCAUCCUGAUGGUCUCCUGCCUUGUAGGGUUCACCCUGUUUGGUAUCGUUGUCAAAGACGUACUGUGGAUGGUUCUAACACCCGAUUUCCUGGUUGUGGCUGUGCUGAUGCCACUGAUUGGCUUUACGCUGGGAUAUGUCAUGUCUGUCCUAUGCAGACUCAGUCCAAAAUGCAGCAGGACAGUCUCCAUGGAAACAGGGUGUCAAAACAUCCAGCUGUGCUUUACCAUCCUAAAAGUGGCCUUUCCCCCUGAGAUCAUUGGACCCAUGUUUUUUUUCCCAAUGUUAUACUACACGUUCCAGUGUGGUGAGGCCCUUCUGUUGGCCCUGUGCUUCAGAUGUUACCAAGCAUUCAAGCCGCCAUCUGAGGACGGUGUUGACAUUAAAGGGGCAAUCGAGGAAAAACAGAAUCCUGUGAAAUGAGGAUGCAGCAAUUCAGCAUCCUCGCUGUCUCCAUAUCAUCUACACAUUCCCCACUCAGGCCUUAGAUACUGACAGAAAGACUGUUGAAGCAUGUGCAACUAAUAUUACCUAGUUAUUGUUUACAUAAUCAGUAUUUAUAUUUUUGUAUUCAAAAUAUCUGAUGUAAGAUUGAAAUUUGCAAUUUUUAUGAUUUGAGUAUGAAUGAAUGAGUUUAUGAAAUCUA